AUGAAGCAGUCGCUCCAGGUCUUCAUCAUCUCCCCACUCCAGUCCCGUGAAAGUCAUCAGGGCCACAUUUUUUGGCAGGAGCGGAUCGGAAGCGCAGCAGACAGACAGGAGCCGAGCAGCAGCAGCAGCAGCAGCACAAAGGGAGCUCAGUGCAGGUCGAAGCCCCCUGAGUGCGCUCCGCUCCUCUUCUUCCUCUUCCUCCUCUCUCCGUCUCGGACGCUCCGGUUCGGCGGCGCCAUGCGCGGCUCGCUCCCCGCCCUGCUCUCCGUGCUCCUGGCUGGACUCGCGGCCGCGUCCUCGGAUCUGUUUGACAACCAACUGGGCGACAUCAAUUACUGCAAAAAGCAGUGCCAGCUCACCAUCAAGAACAAGAGUCCCGCCAAGGACUCCAUAAUGAACGCCUGUCACCGCGGCUGUCGCCUCUACUCCAUCUGCCAGUUUGUCAGUGGGAACUCCGGCUUUAACACCAGCAGGGAGGAGUGUCAGGGAGCGUGCCAGGAGGCGUACAUCAAGCUGCUGGAGCAGGAGGCCUGCAGCACCGGCUGUGCCAGCCAACCCUCUGAACCUGAGAUCUUGAGGAGGAAGCUGAAGGCCAUGACUUUGCGCCCAAAGUCCCCCUCUGUGAUGGAGGCGGUGUCCAGCUGGUGCAAUGACAUCGUCAGCUCAGCUCAGAGCUUCAUCUCCUCGACCUGGACCUUCUACCUGCAGGCUGACGAUGGCAAGGUCGUGGUUUUCCAGAGUCAGCCUGAGAUGGAGUACUCUUUGCCCGAGCUGCAGGCUCCUCGAUCCAACGUGGCCGACAAACCCUGGCCUCAAGUCCACUCUCACACCCAGAGACCCCACGGUGUGAGGGGUCGUGGAGAAAAGGGAGCCCCUAAAGCAGCAAUGAAAGGGAAGCGCCCCGUCCAGCACACAGAGGACCUCGCAGCUGACCAUGACUUCCUGGGCUGCAUGUCAAGACGUUCGGGUCUUCCACGGUGGAUUUUAGCAGCUUGCCUCUUCCUGUCCAUCAUGGUCAUGUUGUGGCUCAGCUGUGCCAGUCUGGUCACCGCUCCGGAGCAGCAUAUCAAAACGCAGCUGAGUAUCAACGGAGACAAAGAGUUUCUGGAGCACGUGCACAAGGUUAACCCUUACCACCUUAGUCCCAUGAUAGCCGUCACCGUGAAGCAGUCGGAGGAGAGUCAGGAAGCCGGACCGCUGCCCGUCAAAGUCGACCUCAACAAAACGUGCGUUUAGGAAGAGCAAGCGGGACGGCUGCUGUCUCGUUUCCGUCUGUAACAGACGUGUCGAAACUUUGUGGCCUGUCAGUGAGUCGAAACACAUCACGCCACUCGUUCUGCAGAAUGUUUCCAAACAUGUAAUAAAAGCAUGGCACGCUCCCUGUCAUUUAAAACGAUUCGAAUCAUCUUGCUUCUGUCAGUUCCAAUAAGUUCCUUCAGUCGGCAGCACAGCCAUCCUUGUACAGUCCACAUAUCUGCACCUGUAGAUUGUGAUUAACGAUCCGCCCGCUCGUUGCUUUACUGAUGCAAGCAGGGAGGAUAGAUUACAGCCGGAGACGUUUUUCAUGUCUGCUGUAGAAAAACUCACAGAGAUUUAUGUUAGAUUUAAUUCCCCUCAUUCUCACAGAGAUGGGAUUAAUUAAAAACGGCUCGCUUUGUGUAAAGAGACAAAACGAAGUCAGAGAGAGAUGAAUUUGAGAUGAGUAUAUACCUGACAGAGCUGCAGGAAACAAACACUGUAACUAAUGUUUAUGAUCUGCAUACAUUAUCAGCAUGACGGGCUGUUUGGAAACAUCUCAAAUCACCCAGAAAUUAAAAUUCAUAAUCUUCACUGACUUGUCAGGUGAGUAAUUCUCAGCAGGGUAACCGAAUAAAAACAAAUUUGUGUCGUUUUGUGAUCUAAAUCCUUUGUUAGGAUGGAUCUGCCCUCAAUCAUUUACGGAAAAGACUGUUUGAGAAUGAGCAACCUUUGAUUUUCUCUAUUUAUUCUGGAGCGUCAACGUGAGUUAACCUGUUAAAUAAUGCUGAAGGGACAUGCAGCAUACACAUGUCAAGGCAGAGACAAGUUGGAGGAAUAUUGCACCCGUUUCUGGAUUACAAUCAUUAUUACUAAUAAUAUAAUUAUUACAUCACUUCGAGAGUUUGUAGCUGUUCCAUGUGCUUUCCAAUAGCUGAUGAUUUUGUAUGUCCUAGGAGCACAUACUGAAGGAUGAUCCCUGUAACAAAUGCAAAGCUUUUUACACAGAUUUGUGUUUCUGAACAGACCUUCAGUUUUCCUCUCAGUGCUGUUAACGUCCUGUAGCGCGCUCUUUUAACCCAAGCAAUGUAGACAAUUAACUGUGCAUGCAAGCAAUUUUUUAUAUUUAAAAUCAUUUGAUCGGUUCUUUACUAUUUGCCACGUUUGUACGGCGCAGCUCUACCGUGGACUUGUUUUUGUGUUCGUAUUUCCAGCUACAUCAUAUAGAAUGUGUAAUAAUGAUUAUAUAUCUUCAUAAUGUAAAAGGAGGACUGUUUAUUUAAAAAGCCAUCUGAUUAAAUAUCUGUGCCCAAUCGAGCUGAGGGGACGUCACGAGGAUUACGAUGUGAAUCUCAAAACGGUGUUCUUUUCUUUUUACUGGUAUGUUUUAAUUUCAAUAAAAUGAGUCGACAUGAUCAGAUCAGCUGUUUUCAUUGUAAAUAAGUAGAAAACGC